CCAGAAACCAUCCCACACAAUUGACUGACAAUGGCCACUCCCCGCGAAUACCCCGUGGUGCCCCGCGAGAGCACCCUAUCCCAGCUCCCCCCAGAAUCCUCUCUCAACGCACAAGACCAAAUCUCCGAGCUCCUCUCCACCGCAUCCCUCAGUCGUCUCGUCGUGCUCGACGACGACCCAACCGGCACCCAGACAUGCCAUGACAUCGCCGUCCUCACAGUCUGGGACAUCCCAACUCUCCAGGCCGAACUGCAACAACCCUCCCCGGGCUUCUUCAUCCUAACCAAUUCGCGCGCCCUACCCCCCAUCGACGCCGAGAAGCUCAUCCGCACCGUCUGCGAAAACGUCCAACAAGCCGCCAACCUCGCCGGAACCACCGUGGACAUCGUCCUACGCGGCGACAGUACUCUCCGCGGCCACUUCCCCCUCGAAGCCGACGUCGCGCAAUCCGUCUUCGGUCCCGCCGACGCCAUCAUCCUCGCCCCAUUCUUCUUCCAAGGCGGCCGUCUCACCAUCAACGACAUCCACUACGUCGCCGAAGGCGAUAACCUCGUCCCCGCCGGCGCAACCCAGUUCGCCCGCGACGCCACCUUCGGUUUCAAGAGCUCCAACCUCCACGACUACGUGCUAGAGAAGGCGCCGGGACGAUUCACCCCGGAGCAAAUCCACUCCAUCACCAUCGAGGACAUACGAAUCAAUGGCCCCAGCACCAUCUGCGACAAGCUCCUCGCCUUGCCCAAGGGGAGCGUAGUGAUCGUCAACGCCGCAGCGGAAUCAGACAUGCACGUCUUCGUCGCCGGCUUGCUCAAAGCGAAAUCCCAAUCCCAAAACCACUACCUCUACCGCACCGCCGCAGCCUUCGUCUCCACAAACCUCGGCAUCCGUCCCCAACCCCCGCUAACAGCCUCCUCCUUCCCCUCCGAGACCCAGCCUAAUAGUAAAACCGGAGGAACCCUAAUAAUCGCCGGCUCCUACGUCCCCAAAACCACCGCGCAGCUCAACCACCUAACGACCAAGCACGGUCCCGGUGGCACAAACACCCUCUCUAUCAUCGAGCUCAACGUUGAAGACAUCAUCGCCACCACCACCACACCCACCAACACUACCGAGGACUCCUCCCCCCUUGACCCCAUAAUCACCUCAACAGUAACAGCCGUCGAAUCCUCCCUCCUGUCAGGAAAAGACGUCCUCGUCAUGACAAGCCGGAAGCUCAUCACGGGGGGAGACGAACUCUCCAGUCUAGCGAUUGGGGGCCGCGUGGCGGAGGCGUUGGUGGAGGUGUUGAAACGGGUGAAGGUACGGCCGAGGGUGAUUAUUGCCAAGGGGGGGAUUACGUCGUCUGAUGCGGCGACGAAGGGGUUGGGGAUUAAGCGCGCGAUGAUUCUGGGGCAGGCGGCGCCGGGGGUGCCGCUUUGGAGGUGUGAUGAGGAGACGGCGAGGCAUAGGGGCGUGCCGUUUGUGGUUUUUCCGGGGAAUGUUGGGGGCGUGGAGACGUUGGGGGAGAUUGUGGAGGGGUGGAGGUGA